UCGUAGCACCGCCGGUCUCACAAGUUUUGACAGUUUUGCAGUGAUCAGGACAUUAAUAGCUUUGCGGAAAAAGCGUCGAACCUGAACAAUGUCCCGGGACACCGAGGAGGUGGCCAAGAUCACCGAGAACACUUACAAAAAUGUUAUGGAUCAAUUCAACCCUGGGCUAAGGAACCUUGUUAAUUUAGGCAAAAGCUAUGAAAAGGCAGUAUCUGCAAUGGUACUGGCGGGAAAAGCUUAUUAUGAUGGAGUUGCAAAAGUGGGUGAAAUGACUACAGUCUCUCCUGUUUCUAAAGACCUAGGCCAUGUUCUUCAGGAAAUUUCUACUGUUCACAAAAAGCUGAAUGAAAAUCUAGAAGAAAAUUUCAAAAAAUUCCACAGAGAAAUAAUUGCAGAAAUAGAAAGAAAAACUGAUCAAGAUAUGAAAUACAUGAAUGCAACCCUGAAGAGGUACCAGACCGAACACAGGCAUAAAGUUGACUCUCUUGAGAAAUCACAGGCUGACCUAAAGAAACUCCGGAGGAAAAGCCAAGGUGGAAGAAAUGCAACUAAAUAUGACAUGAAGGAAACAGAGUAUGUGGAAACCAUCACUUCUCGGCAGACUGAAAUACAAAAAUUUAUCGCAGAAGGCUGUAAAGAAGCUCUGUUGGAAGAGAAAAGACGUUUCUGUUUUCUGGUUGAUAAACAUUGUAACUUUUCAACUUAUUUAAAUUACUAUCACAUACAGGCUGCAGAAGUACUUGCAUCUAAUUUACCAAAGUGGCAGGAGACGUGCAGUGAUGUCAACCACGUACCUGAAACAGUCUUAAAUACAGUUCAACAACUGAAGACCCCAGGAUCCACCCCCAUCUCAGGAACCCCAGAACCUUCUCCACUUAUGGACAAAAGAUCAAUGAUGGUUAAAGACUACAAUUCAAUCUCUAAGAUCUCACUAAGUGUGCCGCCAGCUCCCCAAACCAAAGCACAUCCAAGUCCUCUUGUAGACAUGUUCAACCAGCCAGCCUUUACUCCAAAGAUAUCACAUGAAAAACCAAAGCCAUUACCAGGUGAUAACUCUGAUGAAACCAGUUUACCACGAUCCAUGUCUGUUGCCACAGGAUUAAAUCUUAUCAAGAAGCCAAAAGUAAAAACAAUAUUUCCACAUACCGCUAACAGUAAAACUCUACUUAGCUUCAAUCAAGGAGACAUCAUCACUCUUUUGAUUCCAGAAGAAAAGGAUGGCUGGCUUUAUGGGGAACAUGACACUUCAAAACUUAAAGGUUGGUUCCCAUCAUCUUACACAAGACCAUUGGAUGAAUCGGGCAAAGAGCCAUUACGGUUGUCAAGCAUGUCUCCAAGUACUGCCCCUAUUAGAAGCAUGAGCUCAGCAAACCUAGUUGACAGUGGCAGAGUUGUUCUCCCUGAACCAGAUUACCUGGAACCAUUACAAACUAGCAGCUACACAGACCAAGGGAAGACAUCUUUCAGUGCCAGCAUAGGAAAAGACUCUGCAUCCGUGCCAGAUAGCAUAACUUCUAAACCAACAUCAAAUGGAGUUAUGAAACAUCCUUUCUUAAGUGGAGAAAACCCCUUUGCUACUGUGAAACUUCGACCAACAGUAACAAACGAUCGAUCAGCACCAAUCAUUCGAUGAGCAAGACCCUCUUCAUUUAAAUAUUUGUAACGUUCACAUAAGUAUCCUAACCUAAGCGUAUAUCAUUUCUAUUAUGUCUGUUGAUUUUGUAAGUAAAUUUUGGCCUACCUUUUUAUAAACUUUAAUGCUGGACCUUGUAACUUUACAAAAACAUAUUCAUUUUAGUUUAUAAUUGAGUAAUAUAUAUAUAAUAAAUUAUAUAGAAAAAUAUAUAUUGAAUUAUUGACUUUUCGGGGAAAUAAAAUUCUGAAAAAGGAGAAUAUUAUUUUCCUGAAACAUCAAUAAAUCUUUUUUUUGCUGUCGCACCCAGGUAGAUGAAGAACGUUGUUGCAGAUUACUGUUUGUUUAAUGUAUAUAUAUUUUACAAAAAAAAGCCAUAAAACUUAGUCGCUGUCAAAAAAAACAACAACCAAAAAAAACAUAAAAAUGAUCUUAAAGGGACAUGAACCCCCCAAAAAAAUGUAUGAUUCAGAUAAAGCCUGACAUUUUAAACAACUUUCUAAUUUACUUCUAUUAUCAUUAUUUAUUUGUUCUUUUUUUUUAUCUUUUGUUAAAAAGCAGGGAUGUAAGCUUAGUAGCCGGCCCAUUUCUGGAGCACAAUAUGGCAGCAAUUUUGCAAGAAUGUUAUCCAUUUGCAAGAGCAUUUUAUGGCAGCACUGUUUCCUGCCUUGUAGUUCGCUAGAUGCCUACCUAGGUAUCUCUUCAACACAGAAUAUCAUGGGAACAAAGCAAAUUUGAUAAUAGACGUAAAUUAGAAACUUUUUACAAAUUGUAUGCUCUGGCUGAAUCACAAAAUAACAUUUUUUGGGUUUCAUAUCCCUUUAAUGAAAUGUUCAGAACUUGUUAAUCUAUUUAAUAAAUGAAAUACACCUCUUUAAUUAUGAAUAAUGAAAUGCAAUGUAAGCAGUAGUUGAUUAAAUAGUGCCAAAAAAGAUUUAUUGACAUUUCGGGGAAAUAUUCCCCUUGUUCUUAGUAAGGACAAUAUUAUUUCCCCCAAAACACCAAUUCAUUUUUGUUGGCACGAUUUAAAAAAGCCUGUGAGUGGAUUAUUUUUGUUUCCGCAGCGCCCAAGCACAAAACGUUGUCGCUGUGAAAACAAAGAAAAAAAGCAUAUAAAAAUAUCUUAAUGAAAAAUUCAGAGUUUAAUAUAUUUAAUCAAUUAAAUGCACCUCUUUAAUUCUGGAGUAUGAAUGCAAUGUAAACAGUAUUUGAUUAUAACUAUUACAAGUUAUAGUGUGCAGAGAAUAAUCAUAAAAUAGUUUUUGUUUUGUUUUUUUGCAUUAUCAACUGAACGUGAUUCUUUCUAUGAAUGUUUUCAUUUAAACACGUCUAUCUCACAGGAAAGAUCUAUAAAGUGCAGUGAAAAACAUUAUUUCAUUUAUUGCUUAAAUGUGAUGCCUUUAUAUAAAAUGAUGUAUAUUUAUUUACAUAAAAAAAAAUUGUGGUUAAAACAAAUCAAUAUCCAGGUCAUAAACCAGAUGUUCAGGGGGAAAAAAAUUAUCUUAAAAAAAGAAAAUGCAGUAUGAUUUGUAUAUAUUAUUAUUAAGGGGAAAAAACAGCUCAGCAGAUGAUGCAAGAACAGGAUGAAAAUGUAACGAUUUAUAAGACAUAUUGUCAUUUAAAAUUAAAAAAUUACAGAAAAA